AUGGAGGACUGGACAUGGAGACUGGAGAGCCCAUUCUCAUUGUAUCGAAAGAUCUUCGAGAGCAUCAUCGAGACGUGCUCUGAACGCAGAAAUGUGCUGCAAAAUCUCAUCGGUUUUAUUUCCGAAGACAAAGAGCAAUGUGGAACCGAGAAAAUCCCGUUGACGUUGAUUGUGGCAAAGAAAAUGAUCUAUAGGAAUUGUCCGCAACAUCGAGAACACUAUCAACGCAUCUGUUUCAUUCACGAUUUGUGCUACGGAGCCGUGCUCAAGAAAACCCAUACGAAAGAGCAAUGUGAUCAGAGUUUCUGUGACAUGUUGAGCUAUAUGACAAAAAGCACCGACAAUAACCCGAAAUGUGCCGAAGUUGGCGACAACUUUUGCGCAAUUGUGCAAUCGUACAACUAUUUCUCCGAUGGUGAUUCACAAAUCGGCAACACAACCAUAUCCAGCCAGACCACCGAAAGAAAUCCUUAUAUU